AUGGUCUGCAUUCCCUGCAUCGUCAUUCCAGUCCUCUUGUGGGUGUACAAGAGGUUCCUUGAACCAAUCAUCUACCCUUUCAUUGGUCCAUUUAUAAGCCGAUUCUGGCCAACAAAGAAUGCUGUCCAGGAGAGUGGUAUAGGAACUGGUGAUGUGAAAGCCAGUGAAAAGAGCAAUGGAUGUCCAGUGAUGAGCAAUGGAGCAUGCAAGGUAAUACAUUAACCAAAAUCUGUUAUUGGAUUAUGGACUAGGAGAGCGUGCUGUCACUAGUAGACUGCAUUUGUAGCAACGUCCGGUGACCAAGCCCCAGACCGGCUACACAUGCUGAGGAAGUCAUGACACACAUUGCAAUAUGCUUGACACCAAUGCUUGACACCAAUGCUUGACACCAAUACAUAUACAUGCAUAGUCUCUAUAGGCAGACAGGUUGCCUCCCACAAUGUUAACAAUGUUCUAGCAUACAGUGCAUUCGGGAAGUAUUCAGACCCGUUGACUUUUUCCACAUUUUGUUACGUUACAGCCUUAUUCUGAAAUGGAUUUAGUUGUUUUUCCCCCUCAUCAAUCUACACACAAUACCCCAUAAUGACAAAGCAAAAAUAGGUUUUUAGAACAUUUUGCAAAUGUAUAUAAAAAAAAAAAAAAACGAUCACAUUUAUAUAAGUAUUCAGACCCUUUACUCAGUACUUUGUUGAAGCACCUUUGGCAGCAAUUACAGCCUUGAGUCUUCUUGGGUAUGAUGCUACAAGCUUGGCACACCUGUAUUUGCCAGGUAUUUAGAGGUUGAAAUAGCAGGUGCGGUAGAGAGAGAGAGAGAGUUGAAAACAGCAGGUCCCGGACAAGGUAGCACGUCCGGUGAACAGGUCAGGGUUCCAUAGCUGCAGGCAGGAGAGUUGAAACUGGAGCAGCAGCACGACCAGGUGGACUGGGGACAGCCAGGAGUCAUCAGGCCAGGUAGUCCUGAGGCAUGGUCCUAGGGCUCAGGUCCUCCGGGAGGAGAGGGAGAGAAUUAGAGGGAGCAUACUUAAAUUCACACAGGACACCGGAUAAGACAGGAGAAUAACACCAGAUAUAACAGACUGACCCUAGCCCCCCGGCACAUACACUAUUGCAGCAUAGAUACUGGAGGCUGAGACAGGGGGGGUCGGCUACCAGUCAAUAGGCUACCAGUGCGGCAAGUGCUGCUGGUAAGCUCUCGACUAAAUACAUAUUUGCCAACACAUGGCUAACCUUUGUUUAACCAAGUAAACAGCUACUAAAGCGAGAAUGUGUUUGGAGUUACCUUUCUAUCUAAUAGCCUAUGUAAGAGUUUACACUUCCAAUUAUAAUAAAAAUAAAAACGAUCUACAUUAUUUUAAAAUGUUGAUUACUUCUCCUUGCCUGAUGGUAGACGAUAAAUGUGCUAAAGUAUUUUUUGCUAACAUAUGAUGGGACCCGCUGGUUCGCCUGGGCGGGGCUCCCUGGGCAAGAAAAGGUUGAAGACCCCUGCUUUAGAGUGAACAUGUUGUUUACAAAGCUUCUAGACUGUUGCUACUUCUAUUGUCAAUUGUUAACUAUUGAAGCCAUCUCUCUUUUCAGACUGAAGUCAAUGGUGUGGCUGCAAAUGGACCGGCUGCAAAUGGGCCGGCUGCAAAUGGGCCGGCUGCAAAUGGACCGGCUUCUACAGUAUCUGACAAGAAGACUGACUAA